UGUGUUGAUUGUUCAACGGCGCCACAUGCCUAUUUUUACUUGCUCUUGAACCGAAGCGUAAGGCAGGUAUGGUUAGAGAAUGGAAUUGGUGAUUAUCAAUGAAGGUCGGAUACAAUUCUAUAAGCAGUUUAUUUGACAGUGCUCACUUCUGUUAGUCCUAAUAAUGAAGAAACUCUCGGUGGUAACUCUGAUUCUGGCUUUGUCUAUCUUGGCUAAUAUCGCACUUGUUGUCGUUGUUUUCUGGCUGACCCACACCGAGACCUGCGACCACCAACAUCAAACGCCCGAAGAACUUUCCAACUGUACCGACUACGUCAACGUCUUUGAAGAUUUAAGAGCUGAAGAAAUAAAUGAGGUCUUGGAGUAUUUGUAUUCACAAAAAUCGCUGCAAUUAGUUAAACCCAACAAAGCCAACCUGACAACGAACUACAUUCUUGGAAUUGAACUGCACGUACCCAACAAAUCCCUGGCGCUGGAUUUUCUCGACAGUGGAGGCGAGAAACCUGUUCGGGAAGCCAAAGCAAUACUGUUUCUUCCGCAAAGAGAUCCCCCAGUGGUGGAGGAAUACAUUAUUUCUCCCAUACCCAAGCCAUCUAACCACUAUCUCAAUCCCCGCAGAAAUAAGUCCAUACCUUAUAGGGUUAGACAAUUUAGUAAUACCGAAAUGGUAGCAGCCGUGAGGUUGCUGCAAAAAGAAGUUGCCACGAAAGUUGAAAAUAUGUUGAAACGAAGUUAUGGGGCAGCUUUUACAAAUUGUGACGAUAAAUGUCUCACGUUUACAGCGUCUGCUAUUUCGUCUGCUUUUUCGAAAAAGAGAAAAUUGUGGAUUACAUCUUUAUACCAACAAGAAUUCUCCACACUUCAUCCGGUCGGUUUCCAGAUUCUUAUAAAUAUGGACGGAACAAACGCAUCUGAGUGGAAAAUUGAAAAACUUUGGUACGCAAACAAAAUGUUUGACUCUGUUGACGAAUUGGUGCAUAAAUACGAAAAUAACGAAAUUCCAAAGUUAGUUUUACGGUUCCCGGAACCCGAAAAGGGUGAAAGCACAAUACGCGGGUCGUUGCAUAUACGCGGUAAGCAAUUUCCAAAUAUUCCCAAAUCCGGGCCGAGACAGUACGAACCCCAGGGUCAUCGGUAUACUGUACACAACCAGCAUGUGAACUACAUCAACUGGGAGUUCAACUACAGGAUGUCGUAUACGUCAGGGAUUCAACUUUAUGAUAUACGAUUUCAAGGAGAAAGGAUUAUAUAUGAACUAAGUAUGCAGGAAAUAGCAAUAGUUUACGCCGGUGCCAGUCCCAAUGGAAUCUAUGCUCAAUUAUCGGAUAGCGCUUUUGGUUUCGGCAAUAGAGCCUAUGGAAUGAUGCCGGGUGUGGAUUGUCCGGAACAUGCCACCUUUCUUGGUUCAACGAUUUUAAAUGAAGACUUUUUGGAAGCGAAAAAUUACCCGAAUUCUAUUUGUAUUUUCGAACAUAAUACCGCACUUCCGCUUCGGCGGCACAAAUCAAACAGUGUGCGCAGUGGAUUCUUUUAUGCGGGUGUUGUGGAUUAUGUUUUGAUUGUUCGGACUGCUUUUGUAAUGUUUAAUUACGACUACAUUAUAGACUUCGUUUUCCAUCAAAACGGUGCUAUUGAUGUUAAAAUACACGCGACUGGAUUUAUUAUGUCCAGUUUGUAUUUCUCAGAAGAAGAAGCCUAUGGAAUGAAAAUGUCAGAUUCUUCCGUGGGUUCUGUGCACCAACACUUGUUUAGUUUCAAAGCGGAUAUAGAUAUUCUGGGUACUAAAAAUAGAUAUGUGACUUUAGAUACUGAAAUCGAUAACAAAACUAGAAAAUGGUUUGAAAAUGGGGAAUAUUUUUCUCAGUUGACCUUUAAAAGAAAACUCAAAAGAACCGAAUUAGAGGCAGCAUACAAAUUUAAUUUUGAUACCCCAAAAUACCACAUAGUUCUUAAUAACGAUAAGCUUAAUCCCUAUUCUGAACCUAGGGGUUAUCGAGUUAUCACUAAGGGAUUUUCUAAACAGAUGUUACCGCAAAACGUGGGUUUUGAAAAGUCAAUGUCGUGGUCGAGAUACCAAAUGGCAAUGACGAAACGCAAAGAAGACGAAUCUACUACUAGUUCUAUGCAUUCUAUGUUUGAUGGAGGAGACCCUGUGGUUAAUUUUCAAAAAUAUUUGAACGACGACGAAAACAUAGUAGAUGAGGAUCUGGUUACAUGGAUAAGUCUGGGAAUGCACCAUAUACCCCAUACAGAGGAUUUACCCAACACUGCCACGACCGGAAAUGAGAUGUCAAUCACUUUUCUUCCUUACAACUACUUUCCGGAAGAUCCUUCUGUCGGAUCACGUGAUGCCAUUCGAGUGGAUGCAAAAUCAGAAAAUAAGGGGAGAGUCACUUUUCAACGACACGGAACACCUUUCAAAUUCACAUGUCCACCUCAACAGCCUGAUUUCGAACAAAUUUUAAAGAAUGGUUCAGUGCUUUUUAUGAGCUUGGCUCCAUAGACAGUGACGUGGUGUUACCCCACCAAAUUAUCCCGAAAAGUCCGAGUACUUAUAUGGCCUUAACCUUUGUGCGUGCAAGUCGCACGAAAAAACAUUGUGGGCAACAAGGGGUAAUCUAAGACCCCAGAUAUAAAUUGGUUUUUGGAUGCAUAAUUUUAUUCAAAUAUGAUCAAACUACAGCUUCAUAUAAUGACUGAAGAAUAAAAAAAAAUAUGAGGUAUUAACAGUGAAGAUAUGAAUUAUCAGGUAUUUUUGAAACCAUCAAAAUCUUCAAAUAACUUAAUGGUUAUUUCCAUGUAGAAUUGUCUCUUGGCGGGGUUGGUAGAGUACCUAGAUUUGUUUUCGGAUCUAGUAAGACAGAUUCCAAAUACAAAGCUGGCAUCUAGCCCAGAACCACUCGGCAAACCUCCUACAAUCGAGGCUAGAUUUAAAGUAACGGAAUCUACCGAGGUUUGCCGAGUGGAAUAAAAACAGAUUAGAUACUUGUAACCAGUAAAAUGUUUAAAGGAGGGGAGGGGGGGGGGGUCAUCAAACAAGGGUUAACGAAAGAGAACUGGCGACAGAGUCUGCUCAGUCAGCCAUUUCUGACCACCGUUAAAUGUAAUUAGGCCUUCAUUUACUUGCAUGUGUAACCAAUUUUAUUACAAUUACUUUGAAGCAAUCAUAUUACAAUUCCUAUGAACCAAUCAAAAAACAAUAACUACCAUACGUAACCAAUCAAAAUAAAAUUACUUUCAUAGAUAACCAAUCAAAUUACUCUCAUUCAUAUUUUUAAGAUUACAUUAAAAUAAGUAACCAAUCAAUUUACAGUUUAUAAAUAUAUAAAUGUAAAUAUGGGAAUGUAAUCAUUUGGAUUUCAUGAUUGCUUAAUUACUUUAACCCCUUUUAAGGUAAAUCUAGAAAUGACAUUUGAUUGGUCGAAAAUAUU